ACCAUUGUCCAUUCAACGUGGAAUGAAGAUAUAGUGUCGACUUCAUUGAAAAUACUGAUUUAAUAAUCCUUGUAAAUGAGCUAUUACGGGUUAAGCUUAUGUUAAUAUCGCAGCCAUCACAUCGUGUUGUUUCUUUCUUUUACAUAUUACUUACACACUCAGUAACUGGCAUAAACAAAAUUCAUUUUUCUUUUUUUAAAUUAUGAAAACUUGGCUACAAGCACUAGUUUGUAAGUUUGUUCAUCCACAACACGUUUCUUCGAUAACUUCCCCCUUUGUUUUCAAAAUGGCCUGUUUUUUUGCUUCGCGCCGGUGAGUUAGCAGAUGCAUGUCCUGCGCGAUUUUAAAGAACAAAUUAGUUUUCCAAAAAUUCCAACACAAUGCCUCAAUUAUAUACUAAACUUUUUUUUUAAUAUAAAUAUUCAAAUGCUCUAGGUAAUUUGACGUUAAUCAAUUGUGAUCACCUGUAAAGUUUUGCAGUUAGAGUAGAAUAAACCCUUUUUCAUGCUGUAUAAUACAUAUAUAUAUAUUAUAUUAUAUAUUAAGUCAUGAUCUAUGAAAAACGCGUUUCUUUUGAUCUCAUCCGUAUAGAAAGUUGGUUAUAUAUUUACUGUUGUACUAGGUGUAUUGUGUGUAUCCCCAAUGUAGUCAACUGAGCAACUGUUGUCUCUCUGGUGUGUAUUUUCACUUUAAGCUUUUUGUGAAGCUUUGUGUGUGACUAGCCUGCCAGUGUAGUUUUCAACAGAUCGUUAAAGAUCUAAGUUUUUUUUUAAUUUACAUUUUAAAUACACAUGGGUGAAUAAUUUAGCUAAAACAGUAAUAAAUUGACCUAAUAAACGGUUUGUAUAUUUUUAGCCUAAACAAUGAAAUAUUAAAAAAUUGGCAAUAGGUUUAUAAUAAUAAUAAUAAUAAAAUACGUUUAUAACAUAGCUUAUAAAUUCUGUUAUUUUAGCUGUUGCGUUUAGAAAUCCACAAUUAUAUCACAAUUUUUUUUCUUUAUCAUAUUAAAAAUUCUGAUUAACUGUGAUAUUUCUUUAGAACAAACACAUUAGAGCAGUAGAAAAACAUUUUGAUGUAGAAAACUUUGUAAAAUUGCAAAUUGAUGAUUUGCACUGUGUGGUAACGCUUGCAGAGUGCCUGCUUGUGGUGACUAGCGUGCAACAUUAUUGGUCAAUAUGCUAUCAUUGCUGAAAUCAUCUGUAGGCUACACCAGCAAAAAAUAUGGCGAAAUCGUAGGCUAGUUUAAGAAAGUUUUAUCCUUAAGAAUAAAGUUAUUUUACGGAUUCUUGCAACAGGUAAAUUCAUAUUACAGCACUAGCCCACUCGUUACAAGAAACUCUACAUAUUGAAGGUGAGACGUGCAGUUUAAAGUCCACUCUUCUACACUGAAUAAAAUAAGAGAUGUUUAGGCUACUUAUAAAUAGUUAUAAAACGGUGUUUAUAUUAAGACAUUUUAAACUUAAACUUUAAAGCAUACAUUAAUCUCUCUGUUGCUGAUGCCUUGAUUAGGCCUACUUGAAAAAACUUCAUGCUAAAAUAUCAAACAUAUCCAGAAUGUGGACAAGGAAGACACAGAGUCAUGCUUAACAACCACAGGAACCUAACACUAUAACGAUUUCAAAAAUGUCCUACAAAUUACGUUAUUCUUGUUAAUAGAUGUUUAUUUGCAAACACGUGUGCUAAGAUGCAUCUCGAUGAUUAACAUUUGUUUGAAUGAAAUUUCUUUGUUCAAAAGAGGUGUUGUUUCUUUAUAAACAGGAAUAUGUUAAAUAAAAUGGUAUUUUCUGUGGUCACAUACGGCAAACAGUACUUCUCUAAACACGAAUUUCACUAAAAGAAAUACUUGAAACUUGUAUGUUCACCAGAUGCCUGUUUUUUAUUUAUUUAUUUAUUUUUAUUUAGAAUAUCACAUCGUAUAUUUUAAACUAGCUUGAUGGUAUGUGGCAUGUUCCACGGUAUGCUCUUAUUCAUAGUAUAGAGGCCUAAUUUUACAUAAGGAAAUACGAUCCAAAUAGAUUACAAUAUAAGGUUAAUGUGUAGCAUUCGAUACACAUUUUUUUUUUUUUUUUUGAUUAUGUUUCCUUCUCUCUAGUAAUUCCAGCAAAAAGCAGAGAUUCUUGAAUGUGAAUUAAUGCACCGGUAACGAGUUAAUUAACAUUUUAGUGGUUUUAGAGAUUCUAUAGCGCAACUUACUGCACAAAUGUAUCUUAUUAUGCAACAUGCCCUGUUUACCCGUGGUUACGGGUGUUGUUAUAAACCUGGCACGAAGCUAAGUAUGGGCUAAACUCUCAUGAAAUAAGAUGGUAAUAGCUACUUUAAUGUCUUUUUUUCAGUGAGCUCUACAGUGCAUGUAAUGACUUUGUAAAUUUAGAAACAUAAUUUGCUAUUGUUCUUUUGCUGAGGCACAACAGCAUCAUAUGUUCUAUUCAUUCUUGUAUUUUAGGGGCAACUAUUUAUUGGGUGUACGGCCAAGACACACAGCAAGUGCUGAAAUCACUGUUAUAUUGUAUUACAUUGCAUUGAUGGUCCAAGAUAUUCACCACAGACAGUGAAAUCCUUCCUGAAACAUUUGCCUUCUUGCAGGCGUAAUUCAGAAUUUCUGUUGCAAAAUUUUGCAGAGAGAGUAGAAUGGACUGGUAUGUAUCUGAAUAAAGUGAUAAAAUAAAAAAAGAAAAGAAAAUCCUGUUUAUUUGUGUGUGUGAAAUGAGCGACUGGAUGGAAUACUACAGCGGAGUCGUUCACGGUCCUCGCCACAGGCAGUAUAUCAGGCCUAUAAAAAUCAAAGCUGCCUGAUGUAGUAUUUUAUUAUAGUAUUAAACGACCAAAAAAGUUCAAGUAGUUUCUUCCAUAAAUACAAGGGGAUUGUCGCACGGUGGUGUUUAAUACCCUCGUUAACAAAAAAUGACUGUUAAUUUCCCAAUAAAGCUGUUCAUUAUCUCAACGUACUCCUAUUACUCCAAGAAGGAAGAGGUUUGCCUCCUCGGAGGCUUAGAAGUUUAAACACGUGGGGGGAUAAAAUAUUUUAGUGAAAAAAUCGGUUGAGUAAACUUUAUAAGCAGACGUCACUGCCUUAAUAUGGUUUUUGUGGUAUCUUUCAAAGUCCUGUUAAAUAUCUCGAUAAAUUGCCUAUAUUAAAUAGGCCUAGUUAUUGUCAUACAUUUUAUCAAGCAAAUAUGAUCAAGCUCCCAUUCAGCACUUAUGCUGUAGAUCACGAUAUAAAGUCACAUCAAUUCAUAGACAAAAAUGUUCUCUCGCUUAUUAUUGUGGGCCAUUGCCCAGCAUAUGCAUUUUUUUUUAAAUAUAUAAUGUCAAAACGUUUCAUAAUUUAAGUUGACAUUUUCCCGACUGCUUGUAGAUAUCAGGAGAUAUAUGGACACGCUCCCAUUUUGCAUAUUGCAUAAACAAGACAAUUUAUUUAGAUGGGAAAUAUAGAGAGAGCAAGAGGAGGAGAGCUCCGUACAGCCUCUUGGCGGAUUGAUUUACACCCCAUUGACGCUUUAUCAGGCUCGCGAAAAAAGUCUGACCAAUCACUUCGCUCGGAGCGCACACCACAGCAGCCCGGCUCUACUUCGUUGGCGAGCGAGUAGAGAGGAGUACCGUAAAGAGGGGAGUAAAGCACAUUUCUAUUGUACAUGUUUUCCCUUUAAUGAACAGUACGUUAUAUAAUGUCCGAGAAUGUCCAUUUCUGGAACUCUAAGCAACUACUAUGUCGAUUCUAUCAUAAGUCAUGAGGGAGAAGAUCCGAACGCGUCCCGCUUCUCCAAUGUACAGUACUCCAGCGCUAGACAACCGGGACCCGGCGAGCAUCCCGAGUUCCCCUCUUGUAGCUUCCAGCCCAAGCCUCCAGUGUUCAGUUCGUCAUGGAGUCCAUUCAGUUCCCACGCGUCCAAUGGCUUACCCGCGGUCUACCAUCCGUACAUACCGACGCAGCCAGUGCCUUCAACGGAUACUCGAUACCUCCGCACAUGGCUUGACUGUGCUCCGAGAGCAGAGCCAUUGCCUGGGCAAGGACAGGUCAAGAUGGAGCCGCUCCUGGGACAUCUCGGGGAACCACCGAAACUAGUUGGGCAGCAUGAGUAUAUCUUGGAGUCCUCUACAGCAAGAGAGAUGAAUUCUAGUCACAGCGCCGGGUUUGAAGACAAUAAGGACAUAUGCGAAGGCAGCGAGGACAAAGAGGGACCGGAUCAAAACGACCCAUCUGCAAACUGGUUACACGCUCGAUCAUCCCGGAAGAAGCGAUGUCCAUACACGAAAUAUCAGACCUUGGAGCUAGAGAAGGAAUUUCUGUUCAAUAUGUACCUCACCCGAGACCGGAGACACGAGGUAGCUCGCCUGCUGAACUUGACAGAGCGACAAGUAAAAAUAUGGUUCCAAAACAGAAGGAUGAAAAUGAAGAAAAUGAAUAAGGACCAGCCCAAAGAAUAAUAACGCAGACUGGUGCCAGGCGUUCAAGACUUUUACAAAGAGUCUUUUAAAUCUGGAAGCUGAUGCAAGAAGGUUUUACUGCAUCAAAAAGAAAACGCACACACGCACUCACACACCAUUUCCGCAUGACUGGACAGUGUUAAGCAUAUACAGUAUAAGGAAGAGGUGAGAUGAUGCAGAGGAGGGGGAAAACGUCGUGCCAUCUCUCCCUUCUUUUAUUGCAUUUUAUGACUUGUGCGAAAGAAACACUUCGUCAGGAAAUAAACAGGUGAUAAUGAACUGUUUCAACAGGCUAUGAACAGCUGAAAUAUUGUGCUUUUUAUAAAGUUGUUCUCUAUAAUUCUGCAUUUUUCAUCAUUCCUUUUGUCAUUGACUUGUGCUGAUAUAAAAUGUAUUUAACAAAACAUAAGCCUCAUUCAGUAGCUAUACAAGGGAAGUUUUGCUUAUCUGUAAAGCAUGUUCACGUGUUUGCUGAAGACGUGAGCUCUCUUUUACAAAAUUAUUAUUAUUAUUAUUAUUAUAAGAGCGGAAUAAAACAGCCUUUAGUUCGUAGUCUCUAUACCAUUUGUGAAGCGGUUAAGCGGUGCUAACGGUUUUCAAAAACCUUUUGAAGUUUACGAUAUUAUAAAUUAGCUCCUUUUGACAUUUACUUGUGCGCAGAGAUUUGUGGUAGACGCACACUUAUAAAAUGUCUUGGUUUAUUCGAAUGUAUUAAUAAUAAUAGUAAUAAUAAUUUCUAAAUUUGCUUUCAGAUCUUUUCUUUAGGCUAUAGCUUCUACCAUAGUUUCGUUGAAAUAGUGUUUGUAUCAUUUGGGGUCAAAAUCAAGAAUCAAACUGAAGUAAUUAUACACGAAUGAAAUGAGUUAUUUUACUUACUAAUUUUUUUCUUUUCUUUUUUUUGCGCGCGUUCAAAUAUCCCAAAAUAAUCCUUUUGAAAAUUAGAGUGCAGGUUCCGAGUGUAUGUAUUUGUAGCGUCAGUAACCAUAGAAUUAAUUCGUGCUUAAAUGUAUAACAACCUUUAAUACAGAUUCGGUCGCAGUUGUUUACAUAAAUUUGCGCAUGCCUCGUAUUGUGUAGUUUUCUUAUGUACGUGUUAAUGAAAAAGCUAGUAUUAAUUCGAAGCUGUUUUAUGUACGGUCUAAGGAUUGUUGUUUUAAUUUAUUGUAAAUACGUUAAUAUUUUUUUUCUUCUUUUAAAUGGAAUGUUUUAUAUGUUGUAAAAAGAAUUUCAAAAAAUAAUUCAUACUUGAAUGAGCUGAUACACGUAACCUUUUAUUUUUCCUAUUUUGUUUACAUGUUCCAUGUAUAUAUGUCCAGAAUCAUGUCCGUUGUCCAUUGUCAGUGAUGUUUAUUUCUGUAUUUGCUCGUAUCGUCAUAUGGCUUUGUUGGAUUAGAGAUUUGUUUUAUGUUUUUGUGAUUUGACUUAACAGAAAUUGAGCGCGGCUUUCUUCAAAUGUCAAUUAGCUACUCCUUAAAUUGUUUGAUACAAGAGUACACACACACACACACACACACACACACACACACACACACACACACACACUCACACACACACACACACACACACACUCUCUCUCUCUCUCUCUCUCUUUUGUGCUAGUUUCUAACACGCUUGUUUCAUGGCUUCUGAACAUUUAUUAAAAGAAAAACAAUUACAUCACCGGACUUUAACCCGUAACGUAAGAUCUAAAUUGUUUUUGUACACAACUGUUCUGUCUCCUUUUGUGUCAUUGUUUUGUGUUGUUAAUCUGUGCUUUUGCACUGUUGAUGCUGGACUCAUUAAAAGUUUACACAUAGACCA